AGCUGUUAGAAAAAAUCAGAGGCAGGGCAGGGGAGGGGGUGGGGGGUGUCUUUACUUCGGCCAUCUGCACGGGAUCAACGCGAGGUGGAUGGACUAGUCCCCAAGCUGACCUCCUCGUUCUCGUCGAUUCCCUCUACCGGGUCCACUCAUUCCAGUACUCCUCCUGGUUCCCUCCCCCGCAAAGGCGCUCCAUGGCGGCAGAGGCAGAGAAGGCGGCGGCAACAGAUCUUGGGCCACGGUUGGGGAUAUCACCGGCGACCCCCGACAUUGUCCGGAAGCCGGCUCGGCCGUCCGGGACCACCGGCGCGGAUGCCUCUUGCUGCACUGCUCUGUCCACCGCCGCGCCAGAGCCGGAGCCGGCUGGCUGCGGCAAGGUGGAGAGCGACGGAUUCAGCUCUGUGCUGUCGCCCGCCGGGGAACAGUCCCAGUCUGCGUCGGUUUGCCCCGACAAGGUGGAGAGCGACGGAUUGUGCCCCGUGCCGUCGUCCGUGGAGGAACAGUCUCAGUCUGUGCCGGAGGAUUUGGGAGAAGUGGACUGUGCGGUGAGCACGCAGGAGUCCAGCACCUUGCCGGCGCAGGCGGGCGAGUCUUAUGGCAAGAUUCAGCAGCAGCAGCAGCAGGAAGGUGUCGCCAAUGGCAGUGAUGCUAGUGCUGCUGGUCCUGUUCCUACUCCGGAUAAAGUGGAGCCCACACCUCGUAAGCGGUGGAAGAAGUCGACCAAGGGGGUGCCCCGAUUCAAGGUUAUGAAAGACAAAAUCUUGAAGGCAAAGUUGACCCCGAACGAGUCCACACCGGGUAGGGUUAAGAAGAAGAAAAUACAGGAGGAUGGUACUGAACAUGUUGGAAUUGGCAGUUCUAAUAUCGCGAGACGGAAGUUGGAUUUGGAUUCUUCUGAAAGUAAAGCUUGUUUCAGCAGAGCCACGUUGAUGGGUAAUUUGAGGAGCCUUGCUAAGAGCCGUGGUUUGCGGGAUGAUCCAAGUGUGCGCAUGAGGAGCAAGAGAGGGAAGAAGAGGAAGCUGAUGAUAUUUAAGCUCCAGGAAAGUGGUGGAUUGGCGAUGGUGCCUUACCAGAGAACCCGAACUGAUGCAUCAUCCUCUGCACUUGUUCCACUUGGGGAUUUUAUGCAACUUGCUACCUCGCGCCAUGGAAAUCACGGGAAGAAAUUGGAGACUAAGGUGUUGGGCCUUGAUGAGAAGGCAUUACAAGUAUAUGAUGUUCUGAGGAAGUGGGAUGAGAGUGACAGUGAGAGUUUCGAAGGGUUCGAUAUUGGCAGCGGACCUGAAUGGGAUGAAAAACGACGCAACUGUGAACAAUGUGUGGAUGUAUUUAUUGCAACGAUGUACGAUCUAUUGGGACCCAGAAAAUUCUCUCAGUGGGGUGGAUCGGUAAUUGAUUCUGUGGUUGGUACUUUCCUUACACAAAAUGUUGCUGAUCAUUUAUCUAGCAAUGCUUUUAUGAACCUGGCGGCAAAGUUUCCUCCAAGUAAGAGAUGUUGUAAAGCUGAAGAUUGUUCAAAUGUACCUCCAUUGGUAGAUGGUGUUGAAGAAAACUUGAAUUCAAAUGAAGUGUCUGGUAUUGUUGAUUCCGUCAAUUCAGAUUUUAGUAAACAUGUUGAUUCUGAGAAAGAAGUUGGUUAUGAUAAAGAGAUAAAUGGUCAUUAUGGUAAAGAAUACAGAUCAGUUAUAGAGAGUUUUAUUGUUGGUAUGAAACAGACAGAUAUUUCUACUUUGGACACGGAACAUCUUAUGAACUUGGUGAAGGAUAAGUCUGGAAAUCCAAUGUGCGCUGAAAUGACCUUGAGAAAGUUCAUAGCUACACUGCAACCGAAAAUCACAUCUCAUUGGGACGAAUUACGGAAGGAAGCAUAUCGAAAAGGAUACAAUAACAGAAAUUCAACUGGAACAAGUGAUGCAGUAGAUUGGGAGUCGGUACUACAUGCGCCAACACUUGAUGUUGCAAAAUGCAUUGCAGUCAGGGGUCAGCAUUACCUUAUGGCAUGUCGGAUACAGGCUUUUCUGAAGCGUUUAAAUGACGAUCAUGGAAGCUUUGAUCUGGAUUGGCUUAGAUAUGUACCACGUGAAAGCGCCAGAAACUAUCUGCUCAGUAUACUGGGGCUUGGAGAUAAGAGUGUUGAUUGCAUUCGUCUUUUGUCAUUGAGGCAUAAAGCGUUCCCAGUUGAUGUCAACGUAGCUCGCAUAGUCACAAGGCUAGGAUGGGUUCAACUUCAACCCUUAGAUGGUUUGGAAUUUCAUUUAGUUAACUCAUAUCCAAUCAUGCGUGAUGUACAAAGGUAUUUAUGGCCUCGGCUGUGUACCAUUGAUAAGGAAAAAUUGUAUGAACUACACUGUCUUAUGAUAACGUUCGGAAAGGUAAUGUGCACAAAAAUAAAUCCAAAUUGCAGUGCUUGCCCUUUCAGUGCAAAAUGCAAAUAUUAUAGUAGCUCACUUGCCAGACUGUCGCUUCCUCCUGCGGAGGAGCAUGAACAUGAACGCAGCAAAGAGCAAACAAACAUGCUUACUUCUGGAAGCCUCCUUUUAUCAAAUGGUAGUUGCUCGCCAAGUUUUCAGCAAAUGUGUCUACACCAAGCUGAAAUAAGGAAAACUGCUGAAAGACAACCCAUCCGUAACUGUGAGCCUAUUAUUGAGGUGCCACCAAGUCCAGAACAUGAAUAUGAAGAAGCACCUAACGAGCAAGAACCCUAUGAAGAUGAUCUAUGUGAUCUUGAAGAUAUUGUACCAGAGGGAGUACAGUAUGAUGUAGAAAUAGAUCUUAGCUCAAGCAAGCAUAUGGUGAACAAUGGUUCUUGGACGCCAAACUAUGGAAAAGACUUGGUCUUGAUCAAUCCACAAUGCAGUUUUGGCCGAAAUAAAAAGUUGAAGAAUAUUGGCCGUCUUAGGACUGAACACAAUGCGUAUGUCCUCCCAGAUGAUCAUGUAAUCUUAGAAGAGUUUGAAGAGAGAGUUCCAGAAGAUCCAUGUCCUUACCUCCUGGUUGUUAUUUCUUGUCCUAAUGAUUACACGGUGAAAGGCACUAUUCUGAUACCCUGUCGGACAGCAAACGGAGGAAAGUUUCCAUUGAAUGGUACCUACUUUCAAGAACACGAGGUUUUUGCAGAUUACUCAUCUAGCUGUUCGCCAAUAAGUAUACCUAGGGAAUGUCUCUGGAACCUAGAGAGAUGCAUUGUAUAUUUUGGUUCAUCUAUACACUCGAUCACUAAAGGUCAAACAAAACAAGAUAUUCAGGACUGCUUCAAGAAAGGAUAUGUCUGUGUACGAGGAUUUGAUCGGAAAACAAGAUACCCCCAGCGCCUAUGUGGCACGUUACAUGCCACCAACGUUAAAAAGAAUGAAGGCGGCGAAACCCGUACAAAGAAGGCCAGGACAUCGCCGGAGGGGAAGAGCAACGAGGAAGCAUCUACGGCGAACUAGGAACUAGUUGUUGCUUGACGUAGCUGUGUACAAAUUGUAGUUGUAACAGUGCUGAGGUAGUUCUGUAACUGUAACCCCUUGCUAGGAUAUGUUCGUUGUGAGGUGUAGAUGGAUGGUGCCUAGAGCCACCGCGUGAGUGAAUAAUGGCUGAGAUCUGUCUCCAAUGGCGGCUACUACUUUUUUUCUCCCUCCGUUAUUUUAUAACGGUUGGAACACCGCGAGCUGGUAACUUGUGUAGGAGAGAGUGGACAGGGAGCUCUUCAUUCUAUUUGGAUGGUAGUUUAGACUUUGUAUCCAUGUCUAUUUUUUAUUAGUAUCUUUAGUGUGUUUUGUUUGUGUGUAUUUGUAAUAUACAGAGGUUAUUUGAUGUAACGAUAACAGUUAAUAAAUUUUUUAUUUUUCAUUAAAAAAUGUUUCUGUUAAAUUAAA